AUGCUGCGAAUUGCGAGAUUUUUCCCGUCUUUGAUCUCAAAAAGACCUUGCUCUUCUUCUUCUUCUUCCGCUUCUGAAGAUUCACUAAAACCUUCAAAAACCUUUGUUAAAAACUUGAAUCCCGAAGAACUCGAAAAAUAUAACAAAACCGCUGAACAAUUUGAUAUAUUUUCGUAUAUGGGAAAAUAUGUUCCACUUGAAAUGAAAGAUGAAGAUUGGAAAAAAUCAUUGGAAUUCACGACUUUAGAUGAUAAAGUUGCGUUUUGGGAAUUUUUGGCGAUCAAAAAUCGGAGAAGAAAUGGAAGAGAUAAUCGAAAAAAUCAAAACAUUGAACAAUUUAAUAAUUUCAUCACUGAGCAACAACAAAAAUAUGAUAAUGGUGAAAUGGGAUAUGGCCCAGGAUUAUAUCAACUCUUGCAAAAUCCAAUGAGAAAUAAAAAGAAGAUUCAUCAUAUUGAGGGAAAUAAAAUAUAUGAAAGUAUGCGAUCAAAUAUGCCAAAAAUCGCAUUAGAUCUUCAAUUUAUUCAAACAAUGAAACCAAGACAUCGUGCUGAACUUGGAAAUCAAAUGCAAUAUAUGCUUAGCGAAAAUUUCGCAGCAAAAAGACCGCUUUUGCUAGAUUUUGUGAAUUUACCAAAUGAACAAUUUGUGGAAAAUUGGAUGGCGAAAAGUAUUGGAUAUUAUGGUGGAAUGUAUUGUGAUCAAACUAUAUUACCUGGUUGUACAACAAAAGGUAGAUAUUUUUGAGAGGAAAAAGUAAGAGGGGAGAGAAAAUAUAUACCUACUUUUAGUGAGAAAUGAGAACUUUCUCUAACAUUUUAAUAAGGAAAUGAUAAGAAUUUGAGUAUUAUUCUGGAAAAUUAGGUUAUGACUAGUAUAAAAGAGGCAAUUAUAUUCACCCAAAAAUCUCCCCUCUCAAUCCUCUCACAAGUAUUUCUCUACCGUAUUCAUUCCCCAAAUCUUCUCAGGAAUCAAAGAAUACUUCGGACCAAAUCAAAAAAUCAUCUACAUUUCGAAUUAUGCUCGAGAUGUUCUCGAUGGUCCAAUAAAUGCUGAUGUUAUUUGUCUCGCUGUUUCAAUGGAUAAUCAUCGUGAAUCACUUGGAGCAGCUCGUCGAGCAAAUAUUCCAGCAUAUCGGCUACCAUUUCAUCGAUAUGUUAAAUGGAAAUCUGGACCACAAUUCUUACCAUUUCCAAAUCUUGUCAAUGUUUUUCGACAAGUUUAUGAUAGUAAUGGAGAUUGGAAAAUGGCAUUGAUGAAUAAUAUCAGUCGAAGACAUUUGAUAACUUCGGAAGAUUCGGAAAUGUUGAAACAGCAACAAAUUCGAAGAAAAGCAAGAUUGGAUGAGAAAAAAGAAUUGAUUGAGAUGAUUAAAACUGCCACUGGCACUGAGUAG